CUCCGCGCCGCUCGGAUCCGCCUCCGGAGGCGCCCGCUCGCCUGGGCGCCUCGCAUCCCGAGGAGGAGAUGCUCGGCCCGGUAGGACCCCUCUCCCCGUCCCCGCACCCUUUGCCCUUCUCUGGGUCCCCGGGCCGGACCGGGAGAAGGGACCAGCCCGGCGGAGGCGCCCGCUUUGGCCGGCGGACAAAGGCGCGCGUGCCUCUGCGCGCGUGCAGAGGGCCCCGGCUCCGGAAGGAGUGGGAAGAGCCGGGGAAAGCGAGUCGUCCCCCGCAAGGCGAGACCCAAAACCUCUCCUUAUACCGAGUCAGGCCAUGGUCUGUGUAGCUCAGUAUUGUCGACACGGGCCGGCAGCAGCUCUGCCGGGGUUCAAGAGGAGACCUUUCCCAACCCAAUUUUUAAAUUUUAUUUAUAAAUUAUAGCCCUUCACCAAGGGCGUUGCCGGGAUUUUUGUUAGGGGGGCAGAAGCUCAGAUUUGUAUUGAUUUGUAUUGAUUUAGGGGGGCAGCUGCCCCCGUAGCCCCCCUUCACCCGAAGAUCUCAGGGCAGAUCACAGCAUAAAAGCCCUUCUACAUGCCCAGCAGGUGUGCUCCCCCACUGAGCUAUGGUCACUCACUCUCUGAGCCAGACCAUCGCUUCAUUUAUUUUUUUAUUUACAGUGGUACUUUAGGUUAGAGACGCUUCAGGUUAGAGACGUUUCAGGUUACAGACUCCGCUAACCCAGAAAUAGUACCCCAGGUUAAGAACUUUGCUUCAGGAUGAGAACAGAAAUCGCGCAGCGGCAGCGGGGAACCCCAUUAGCUAAAGUGGUGCUUCAGGUUAAGAACAGUUUCAGGUUAAGAACGGAUCUCCAGAAUGAAUUAAGUUCUUAACCCGAGGUACCACUGUAUUAGAUUAAUAUACAGCCCUUGGUCAAAAGAUCUCGGAGCAAUUCAUAAGAUGAAAACACAAAGUAGCUCUGGACUUUUAAAAGGGUAAGAGUUUUGGGAAAUAAUCCAUAACGAAUUGAAAAAAAUGUUUAGAAGUACUUUCUCCCAAAAAAACAGAGUCCUUUUUGUUGUGGUUAAUUCAGACGGAAAUUCUCAGGUGUCAAAAAAGGUUAUUUAUAUAUGCCACUACUGUAGUCCGUGUUUUGUUAGCCCCCAAAUGGAAAACGAGUGAGAUCCCAACCAAAGAAGAAUGGCAAAUUAAAUUGAUGGAAUAUUUGCAGCUUGCGGACCUAACUUAUAGAAUAAAAGAACAAGAAGAACAUUCGUUUAAAGAAGUUUGGGAAAUGUUUAUUGAAUAUAUGGGGGGAAACUGUGUACACUUGAAAACGUUGGCAACAUUAAGGUAAAUUAAACAGUGUAAAUAAGUUUUGUUGGAUAACGGAAUACUGAAGGGUUUAGUUUAUGUAAAAUAUGCAGGGAUUUAUGAUAUGCAAAAUGAAGUAUGGAAAGGGCAUUGACAUUUUAAGGUUGUUUAAAUUAAUAUUCCAAAUGUAAAACAGAAAAUUUUAUUUUACAUAUAUAUUAUCACACAAGAGAUAUCUCAAUAUUGUCUACUCUGACUGGCAGCAGCUCUCCAGGGUUUCCAGAAGGGGUCUCCCCCAGCCCUACCUGGAGAUGCUGUCUGGGGUUGAACCUUCUGCAUGCUGAGCAGGCCUCAAGGGAUGGAAUAUUGACAUAGGAAAUGGCCUUGUACUGAGAUGGACCUGUGGUCCAUUUUGCUCCAUAUGGUCUACACUGACCGGCAGCUGCUGUCCAUGAUUUCAAGCAGGCUUCUCUUGCAGCCCUGUCUGGGGACUGAUCCUGGGACCUUCUGCUGGCAAGGCACUCUAACCACUGAACCAGCACCCUUCCUAUCUGACCUUAAGGACUCGUCGAGUGGGCAGCUCGGUUCGGGGGCGGCUUGUGGGCCAAUUAAACGACCCCCAUGGGCCGCUUGUGGCCCAUGGGCCUUAGGUUGCCUACCCCUGACUUACAUCAUUGGAGCCUACACAACAUAAAACACUGUUGCUGUAUGUAGGUUUUAUUUUAUUUCUUUUUUAUCUUAUAUUUUGGAAAUGUGCAUCCAGGUUUUUUUCCUUUAAAUUUUUUUGGGGGGCCACCAAGAGAGUGGGGCUUUAAGCUAGAGCUUGUUUAGCUUGUACCAUAAAUCCAGCACUGAAUUGCACAUUGGUUCAAAAUCCAAGCAAACCUCUUUUCUUUAAUUAAUUGAACAAAACUGAUGGACUUGAUCCAAGGAUGCUGCCUUUUCCAAGUCAUGAUUUACACCUCCAGCGCCCACCUUGCCACCCGUCUGGUGAGGGUGCUGGGAGUUGUGUAAGGGCAAACUACAGUUCCCAGAAUCCUUUGCGGGGAGGAGGGGGAGUCAUGUGGCAGAGGUGCUUAGAAAGUCUGCUAUGGGGCCCUAAGCUAUAGCUUGCUUGGCUUAUAUGCAAAUCUGGCACUGCUCUCUUAUCUUCCAUUCCAAAGGAGUUCCCAUAACCCACACUGGAGCCCACGUGAUGGGGCAGGUAGUCAUUUAAUAAGGUAACUGGGUUGACAAUUCUCCAGGUCUUGGGGUGGGAUGCUUUGCUGAGUUGCUUCCUCUGUCAUUGCAGGUGACGCUGGACGACGUCACGGUCUCCUUCUCCCCGGAAGAGUGGGCAGGGCUGCGGGAGUGGCAGCGACGGCUCCACCGUGACGUCAUGCGAGAGAACUACGAGCUGCUCGCCUCCCUGGGUAAGACAGGUGGUUUCCUCGCCAUACUUAACUGGCCGCAGGGAGCAUCACCGUCCGCAAUAGAAGGGGAAUUCAAUUUUGCAUGCAUCUGAACAAGAGACCUGCCCCGAUUCUCGUUCUCAAACCGGUCUGCAAACUGAAAUUCACCUUCCUGAUUCACACGCUUCUGAAUUUUGCGACGCAAAGUUCUCCAGGUGUCUGUUACGCGCGAGAAUGCAUCUAUUUAUGUCAAAUGUCGGCGAAAGUCAUAAACGAGUCGUGCAUUGCGUUACUGGACAUUGCUUGCCAAAAUGUGAGAGUCAGUCAGAAAUGUGUUGGUGGUGGUAAAUUUGCACAACAUUCGAGAUGGCUUUUCAUGAAGAUUUAUAUUUGGAAACAAAAGCAGAUUUCUGCAGAAAUGGUGCUUCUAGUGGUUUCUGUUUUUGUAGGCCACUUUGAGUCAUUGUGAGUAAAAUGACAACAACAACAACAACAAUAAUAAAUUCCUUCCAGUAGCACCUUAGAGACCAACUAAGUUAGUUAUUGGUAUGAGCUUUCAUGUGCAUGCACACUUCGUUGGAUAUUUAUUUAUUUUAUUUUGUUUUGACUACAGCAGACCAACACGGCUACCUACCUGUAAUAAUAAUAAUAAUAAUAAUAAUAAUAAUAAUAAUGGUUAUGAUGUUCUGGGUGACAAAGCCCUUCUUAUCACAGCGCAUAGUUUAGCUGUGGAACUCCCUGCCACGGGAAGUAGUGAUGGCAACCACCUGGAAUGGCUUUAAAAGAGGAAGAGACAAAUUCAUGAAGGAGGCUCUCAAUGGCUGCUAGCUAUGCUGGCCAUUCUCUGCUUUCAUAGCUGCUGGAAACCGCAGGCAGGGAGGCGGCUCCCGCACUCGGAUCCUGCUUGUGGGCUUCUUCCCAUUGGGGCAUCUAGUUGGCCACUGCGAGGAAAGGACACAGAACUAGACGGGCCCCAUUUGACCUGGACCAGCAGGUCCUUCUCCUGUCCUCCCUGUUACCUGUAGAGUUGGGAGAGAACCUUGAUAAGCAAUGGCGGAAAAGCCUCAGCUUGGCACAGUGGUGUAGCGUCCUUUGCUGGUGCCUGGGGCUAAGUGGGGGUGGGCUGCACCGCCUACCUGCUUGCGCAGUGGGGAGCCCGGCUGGCCAACAUGGCCCUGCUUUGAGGGGUACACUCAUGGCGCAACAGGGCAGGGCGCAAAGUGCUGCUGGGCUCGCGGGGCAUCAUAAUUAAUGCGCCCCCCAAAAAACUGCACCGGGGCAACCCUGCCCCUGCUACGUCACUGGAUUGGCAAGACCGCUUUGCAACUCCUCCCUUUUCCUUUUGCAGGCUGCGACCUCCAAGUCAAGGAUGAAGAAGGGGAGUCUGGGGAGGAAGAUGGCCGAGGGCUCUUCUCGGAGAUGGUGCUCCGGCGCUGGAAGCCUGAGGGCGAGACCUCGUGCCCGCAGCAAAACAGCGGCAGCAACGUGGCUGGCGAGCCUGUGAGUGGGGCGGGACUCCUGUCUCAGGGGCCGCCUGGCACCGAAGGAGGAAGGGAUCCCAGAGGGGAAGAACCGUGUCCCCUAACCUGCCCGGACUGCGGGAAGCGCUUCAAGAGCAAAACCGCCAGCUUGACGCACCAGCGCAUCCACACUGGCGAGCGCCCCUUUGGCUGCCCCGAGUGCGGGCGGCGCUUCACCCAGCGGCAGCACCUGGGCACCCACCUGCGGGUGCAUAGCGGGGAGCGCCCCUUCUCCUGCGGCGAGUGCGGCGCCGCCUUCCGGCUGCAGAAGCUGCUGCUGACGCAUCGGCGCAAGGCGCACUCGGGGGAGCCGCCUCUGGCGUGCGCCGACUGCGGGAAACUGUUCAGCCACAAGCACCACCUGAUGACGCACCAGCGGGUGCACACGGGCGAGCGCCCCUUCCCCUGCCCCGAGUGCGGGAAGUGCUUCAGCCAGAAGCACCACCUGCAGACCCACCAGCGGGGGCACUCGGGGGACCGCCCCUUCCCCUGCCCCGAGUGCGGGAAGGCCUUCAAGGACCGGGCGGGGGUUCUGAUGCACCGCAUCGUCCACACGGGCGCCAAGCCCUUCGCGUGCCAGCGCUGCGCCAAGAUCUUCAGCCACAAGCACCACCUGGUGAUCCACCAGCGCGUCCACACGGGCGAGAAGCCCUUCUCCUGCCAGGUGUGCCGCAAGCGCUUCACGCAGAAGCACCACCUGCUCAGCCACGAGCGCAUCCACACAGGCGAGCGCCCCUACGCCUGCCCCACCUGCCCGCGCAGCUUCAAGGACCGCAUCACCCUCAAGCUGCAUGUGCGGCUCCACACGGGUGAGAAGCCCUUCUCCUGUGGGCGAUGCGGAGAGAGCUUCCGCCUGCGCAAGGCCCUGCUCUCCCACCAGAGGGCGCACGACGCACCCGCCCAGCUCAUCUGCACCGAGUGCGGGGAGAGCUUCCCACGCAUGCGCAGCCUGGCUGCCCACAGGAGGAGGGCACACCCAGCAGCAGCGCCCCACGGGGCUGGCGCACAGCCCAGACAGACCGGCUGCUCAUGCCGCCUGGCUGAGUCGCGGGCUGACAAGGAAAGAGCAGCAGGCGCGCCACCCGGACCCUGAGGGCGCAUGGCAGAAAGAGAAGUGCAGUCUGGGCCCUGGCACACAUCCUCCAGCUGCAAAGAUGCCAACGCAGUGAAUCACCUGCCCAGGCCAGGAUCCCUAGGCUGGGUGGACAAGGGAAUGCGAUUGUCGUCUUUCAUGGCAUCGUAGAGUUGGAAGGGCUCCACGGGUCAUCCAUCCCAACCCACUGCAAUACACCUUUCUCAUUGUCCUUUUCGUUUUGGAAAUUUUCAUCAGCAUUCGCCCCCCCCCCCCAUCAAAACCGAGGACCUCCCCUUUCCCGGCUUCCCAUUUCUGCUUUGUUGCAGCGCCGACUGGUUAUUGCAGGAGCAGCCAAAGCCAGGGAGCCGGUGUAGUGUAGUGGUUAGAGUGCUGCUUUUCAAACUUGGUAUUACAACUCCCAUCAUCUGUAGCUAGCAGGAGCAGCAGUCAGGGAUGACGGGAGUUGUAGUCCAACAACCGCUGAGGACCCAAGUUUGAGAAAGGCUGGGCUAGAGUGCCAGAGCUCGUGGCGGCGUUCGCAGCCCCCCUUUCUCCUGAUGACACCCCAUUUUGUCCCCACACCAACGCUGUGAGGCAGGGUGAGAGACAGUGACUGGCCCGAAGGUCCCACCCAGUGAGCUGCGUGGCCGAGUGGGGAUUUGAACCCAGGUCCUUGUCCGACCUUCUUGACCCCUGCACCACCAGACUGCGGUGUGGAGGUUCCCCUCGUGCCCCUUCCCUUCUUGCCAAGCGAGAGCCUUGUAAAAUGGGCCACCUCACCAACCCACCUCGGUUCUAAGAGACAAGGAAUUUGAGCAGCUCUUUCCAGUUCGCUGGAUCGUCAAGUUGGAAGGGAUCCUCGAAGGUCAUUUAGUCCAACCCCCUGCAAUGCAGGAAUCACAGUCAACCGCAGUUCUUCGCUCUGCACCGCUGCCCUGCAAGCUGUGAAUAGGCAACGUAGCACCUUCCCAAAGGUCCCAGAAUCAUAAUGCCGGAAGGGACCCCAAGGGUCAUCCAACCCAACCCCCCAAAAUGCAGGCCUCGCAACUGAAGGAUCCUCAGCAGGUGGAGAGCUGAGCCCUGCUUAGAAACCUUGGCAAGCCAGGAAUAGCCAGUGUGGUCCCUUCUAGCUGCUCCUGGACUCCAGUUCCCAUCAGCCCCAGCAAGUAUGCCCAAUGGCAAGGAUGAUGGGAGGCCACAGCCCAUCAGCUACCCCUCCCAAGCCCAGACCACCCCACCAAAGCGCAAAAUGACUGCAAGUCCAGCUAUGUCCUGUCCAAUGUAAAAGGAAGAACAAGCAAGUGGUAGGUCCUCUGCGUGUGGAAGACGGAGACCUUCUUUGCCUGUCUUCACCCAAAACGAAGCAAUGCCCAACCUGGUGAUAACAGAAUAAAUUAUGUAAGGAGGGAGCUGCAGCCCAGAUAGGAAAAGGGGUAGUAAGGGAACAACUAGCUGCUUUAAAUUAAUUCAGAUCUCAAGUGCCUGAUGAGCUGCACCCAGGGGUGCUAAAGGAGCUUGCAGGUGUAGUCUCAGAGCCUUUGUCUAUUAUCUUUGAGAACAGGUGAGGUCCCUAUAGACUCGAGAUGGGCAAAUAUUGUCCCCAUCUUCAAAAAGGGGGGAAAGGAAAACCCAGGUAAUUACUGACCGGUGAGCUUGACAUUGAUAACAGGGAAGGUCCCAGAACAGAUAAUUCAACCGUCGGUCUGUGAGCAUUUAGAAAAGGAUGCUGUGAUUACUAAGACCCAGCAUGGGUUUCUCCAAAAUAAGUCAUGACAGACCAACCUGAUUUCUUUACAAACUUGGUGGAUCAGGGAAAUGCUGUGGACAGAGUGUAUCUUGAUUUCAGAAAGGCUUUUGACAAAGUCCCCUGUGAUAUUCUCAUGAGGAAGCUGGUAAAAUAUGGGUUGAACGAGGGGACUGUUAGGUGGAUUUGUAGCUGGUUGGCUGACCAAACCCAAAGAGGACACAUUCAUGGUUCCUUGUGUUCCUGGGGAAAAGUGACCAGUGGGGUGCCGCAGGGUUCUGUCCUGGGCAAGUUGUUCUUAAUGUCUUUACAAAUGACUUGGAUGAAGGAAUUGAGGGGAUGUUAAUCAAAUUUGCAGAUUGCACCAAAGUGUAAUCUGAUUCUGCCGCAGGAGACAGUAUCAGAAUUCAAAAUGACCUUAACAGGUUGGAGAACUGGGCACAAACUACAAAAUAAAUUUCAAUAGCGACAAAUGUAAGAUUCUGCAGUUAGGCAGGAAGAACCAGUUGCACAAAUAAAGGAUGGGGGACACCUGGAAAAGGGUCUUGGGGUCUUGGUGGACCCCAAGCUUGACAUGAGUCAGCUUCUUGGAUUUGCUGAAAGCCUGUCCAGCACUUCCUUCCCAGAUUCCUCCUUUUUUCCAAUGCAAAAGGAAGCAAAGCCCAUGGAGCUGUUCCCCUGCCAUUGUCGACCUUAGAUAGGUCCUUACUUUCCGCAACGUUGACCUGUGGUUGGGCUCUGAGCCGCUGCUUCUGACCUUCCCUGAAAAGGGCUCCCCCACCUUGCUAUCACUUGUUAAAACCUCUUCCUCACACACCUGGUUUCCAGGGGGAAUGAGAUGCUCGUUCACUGCCUGCACCCUGAUUUGCAACUGAGACAUUUUCAUAAAAAAGACGAAUCUCUUUUCUUCCUGGGAGAUUUGCUCCUUGGCUUCCAAUCUCCUUCUCAAGAACGCCUGGCACAGAGAUUGCUCUUUUCACAGCCACUGUACAUAUGAACCAGGCACCUUCUGUGUUCAUCCCCUGAGCAACAGUGCUUCCUCUAAAAACGACGCAAGGCCCUAGUCCUCAUGCUUCUGCAUCAAGGGCUAAUUCGAUAGGAACCUGGGAAGCUGCGUCAGGCCGUGGUUGGCCCAGCUUGCUCAGUAUUGCCCACACUGUCCAGCUGGCAAGGGGCCUUCCUAGCCCCACCUGGAAAUGCCACUGGGCACUGCGUGCAGGGCCCACAAGGUGGGCGCUCGGCUUCCACUCCUGCAAGCCCGCAGCAAAUUCCUUUGGCAUCCUCUCUCAGUCCUCCCCUGUGGAAGCUUCCUUGGCGCAUUAAUAAAACACACAGCGAAGCUGCUGGCUGAGUUUAUUGACUUCCAAAGGAACAAAGGAGAAAUCUGUGCUGUGCUGUGUGUGUGUGUGCGCGUGGGAAAUUGGAAAACAGGAGAGAAGAGGCAAUGGGAAACAUGAAAAAACAUCUUGCAUCCUGGGAGGGGAGACGUCCCGUUCCGCCAUGGAAGGGCCUGGUCUUUUCGCCUGCGGGGACAUCAUCAGCGCUUGGAAAAGUCGCCACCUGGGAUGGAGAAGAAGGCAAACCCGAGACGGGUGGUGAGACUUGAAUGCAGGACUUACCUGGGAAGACCAAGAGCAGAGGAGAGCGACUCUUGUGCUCGGAUCCUGCGUGUGGGUUUCCCACUGGGGCACCUGGUUGGCUGCUGCGAGGACAGCGUGCUGGGCUCUGGAGACUCGGUGUGGUUAGAGUGUCAGACCAGGAUGCGGGAGACCCGAGUUCGAAUCCCCCCAGUCACACUGGACCAAUCACACUGCCUUCUCUCAGCCUAUCCUCCCUCGCAGGGCUGUUGUGGGGGUUAAAUGAGGAGGGAGGGAUCAUGUACGCCACUUGGAGGGAAAUAAUGUGGGAUAUUAAUGCCAUGAAAUAAAUAAGGAUAAUGGCUGGGC